UUCAUGUUAAGCAGAUUACGCAGACAUCUGCCGAUAGUGAUAUUUUAAAAACUAUUCAUUGAUCAAAGCCUGUUAUGUUAAUUUUACAGUCUAUGGUGUCUUAUUAUUUCAUGUCAUUCCCCGUAAUUUUCCUCAUGUUAAUCAGAUUACGCAGACAUCUGCCGAUAGUGAUAUUUAAAAAACUAUUCGUUGAUCAAAGCCUAUUUUUACAGUCUAUGACGUCUUUAUGUCGUCUUAAUAUUUCAUGUUAAGCAGAUUACGCAGCCAUAUGCAGAUAGAGAUAUUUUUAACAAUAUAAAGUAUGUGUUAUUGGACUUAAUAUCAUGAAUGAAAAAAAAAUGAAAAAAUACUUUUAUUUUGCAUAUAUCACCAUAUCCUGUUGAAAAUACUUUUAUUUUGAAAAUAUGACGCCAUCCUGUUAAAAUACUUUUAUUUUGAAAAUAUGACGACGUCCGGUUGACGCGCGCUUAGUUUUGCCUGCUUCAAUGCUACGUAUAGGAUAUCAGAAAAAACAAUUCUGGUCCGUUAAAUCUACGUUUUGCCACUCCGUUAUCCGUUUGUCAUCUAUGAAGACGACAUCGCGGAAGGUGUAAGCGUAACUAACCGUAACUCAGAAAAACAUUUUUCCCGUUUGCUAACUGUUCGCAGUGAAACGACAUAUGAGGAUAUGAUUGUGAAAUGGCUCCCCCCGGUUCAAAUAUUGAGCACCAAGCCUUUGACGCUAUUAAUACACGUAAAGGCCGCGAUUGAUCCAGACAGCGCAGCCGAUGAUUUUAUCCAAUUCAUCACACAACCCGCCUUUCAGACAGUUAUCGAUCUCACGCAAGAUGGCGACGAAGAUCCCACCGUCAACGUAACAGACAACAUCCCGCCUGAUUCCGCUCCGGCCCACAUCGAGAAUCCAAUAGGAUCCUGCGACGAAUCACUCCCUGGACCCGCCGACGAACCAGCGAGAAAGAAGACUAGAAAAACGAAUCGCCCCACCUCUCCGGUCAGUCCUGGACCGUGUGACGAACCACCAAGAAAGACUUAUCGUUUUACACCGGUGGUCCGACCUGAAUCGAACGGCGAACUACCGAGAAAGGCUUAUCGUUUUACCCCGGCGAUCAGUCCCGAGAGCCCUCCAGAGAGGAAAACUCUCUGUCCGGUACCAACGAACAGCCCCGCGACCAGUCCUGAGACCGAUCUGUUUUAUGACUCGAGUAGAAGCCAUAAGGAUGACGUGACUACCUGGGGCAUGUCUCAAAUCGAUGCCUGGGACCAGAGUUCUUGGACGAGCGAGCGUGACGAGGUGUCUACCACCAACGCGGGUCAAACGCCAUAUCCUUCUCCCUCACCGUCGUCCGAAGAAGUAGAAGUGGAAGAAGUGCCGCCGCCUCAGCCGCUUGAUGAAUCAUUCGACGAUCUGCCUCCGUUUCAUAGCCCCAUUAAUUCGAUACAAUCAUUCGGUCAAGAGUUUCGCGACGCGCAGGUUGACAUAAACAACAAAUACGUCGAACUCCGCAACGUACAAGAUGAUAUUAACAACAAAUUGAUCGCGUUGGGCAACGAGUCUCGCGACAGACAAAUCGAAACCCUUAGCAGAUUAGAUGCGCUGCACGGUGAGCUCCGUGCGUAUCACCUCGAGACACGCAGUCGAUUCGAUGCUCAGGAUCGCUUUAUUCAGGAUCUGGCCAAUGAAAUAUUCCAACGCGUCAAUGCUAUGAGAUCGACGAUCGAUCGGCAGUUUGAUAGAAAUGAUCGUACGGUGACUCAAUACCAAAGGGAAUUGAUGCUAAUAUUGCACCACCUCAUUCUCACCAUCGUAGAUGAGACCGCGGAGUCAAACUGAAUAUAGACGUAUUCAGAGUAAUUCUUAUAUUCCAUCUAUACUUUGUUUACAUAUAAUCUGAUAUUUCAAGUAAUUCUUAUAUCUCACGUCUGCUAUGAUUGUUUAAAUAUUUCAUGUAUGCUUUUUAUACUUUGUUUUACACAUAUAAUCCGAUAUCUGCUUUUAUACUCUGAUUUUGUCAUAUAUGCUUUUGUAUUCUGAUUUUGUAAUAGUUCAUGUAUGCUUUUUAUACUCUAUGAAAUGUGUAAUAGUUCAUGUAUGCUUGUUUUAACUCUAUGAUUUUGUAAUAGUACGUGUUUUGGUCUGAAAUC